AUGAACAUUGAUUCUUAUCUUCAGCGCAUCUCCUAUCGUGGUAGCAGACUUCCUACCCUAGAGACUCUUCAACUUUUGUCAAUAGCUCACAAUCUAUCAGUUCCGUUCGAGAAUUUUAGCAUUAUCGCUAAAGAAAGCAUCAAACUUGACGAAGGAGUGAUCUACGACAAGAUUGUCAAACGACGACGAGGUGGCUUCUGCUAUGAGCUCAAUGGCCUCUUUCAAUGGCUUCUGAAGAGUCUACGAUAUGAUGUUACUUUACUAGCAGCAAGAGUGUUCGACCCUCAUACCAAGAAGCUUGGUCCAGAGUUUGGUCACAUGGCAUUGUCUGUGGGUAUUCCAGAUGGUCGGGAUGAACGUUAUCUGGUUGAUGUUGGGUUUCCCUUUUGUGUUCUUUGCCCGCUACUGAUCAUGGAUGGCAGUACAGACAGACAAGGUGAUGUGGACAUUCUACUGAGACUCGAAUCAUGGGAUAUUUGGUGGUUGGAGACAAAAACAGUAGAGUCAUCAUCAGAGUGCAGUUGGAGCUUUCAAUUUACUUUACAUCCACGACAAUUGUCUGAUUAUAUGAGCACAUGUUUAUAUCAUGAGACGGAUCCCGAGGCUCCUCUUACUCAGAGCCGUUUUGCUGGGAUUCAUCUAAAAGAUGGUGGAAGAACGAUAUUUACAGACAAAGGCGAGGAAGGUCCAAGAAUUGUGGAGACCAAAUGGAAUCAUGACGAAAAUCGGUUUGUCAAAACAAAAAGGGUGUUGGAAAGACAGCAGGUGACGGUAGAGCUAAAACGUCAGUUUGGGUUAGAUUUCUAG